CGCGCCCGGGUUGCAUAGCACAUCCGGGCGCGCCGGCAGCGGGCUGCGGGCUGCAUAAUUGAUGGGGGCCGGCGCAACGCUGGGCCGGCCUCGGGUGCGCUGGGAGCGUCUCGGGGGUGGAGGCCAGGGCGGCCGGGCCCCUCCCACUCCGCUUUUUCUCGCGUGUCCUGCCCCCGGGACUGGCAGUGGGCGCCCGGUUACCAGCAAGUGUACACUGGGACAAACGGAGUCGGAUCGCAGCAAGCUGAGGGUACACUAGCGACCUCCUGGACCGACCCGCCCGCGCCAUGCUCUCGCACACUGGCCUGAGGGCGCUUGUGGCGCCUGGUUGCCCGCUCCUCCUUCUAUGUCUUCUGGUGACGACGCGCCCGGAUCGGGUUGAGGGCGAUCCCACAGAUUCAACUUUUACAAGUCUACCUGUUCGAGAAGAAAUGAUGACGAAAUACUCCAACCUUUCCUUGGAGAGCUAUAAUAUCUCAGUGACAGAUGUGUCCAAUGUAUCAGUAGAACAAAACAUAACUUUGGAAAGGCCCUCUCACCUGGAACUCAAAUGCAUGUUCACAGCAACUAAGGAUUUGAACUCAGUGAAUGUGACUUGGAAGAAAGAUGAUGAGCUCCUUGAGACUACAGAUGGUUUCAAUACAACUAAAACUGGGAACACCUUAUCUAGUCAGUACAGGUUCAUCAUUUUUAAUAGCAAGCAAAUGGGAAAAUAUUCUUGUAUGUUUGGAGAAAAGGAGCUCAGAGGAACCUUUAAUAUCAAAGUACCCAAAGUUCAUGGGAAAAACAAGCCAUUGAUCACUUACGUGGGGGAUUCUACUGUGCUGAAGUGUGAAUGUCAAAGUUGUCAUCCUUUAAAUUGGACUUGGUACGUGGGUAAUGGAACUUCACAGGUUCCCAUUGAUGUUCAGGUGAAUGAUAAGUAUGUUAUAAAUGGUUCCUAUGCUAAUGGAACAAAGCUCAAGAUAAAGCAUCUUUUGGAGGAAGAUGGAGGAUCCUACUGGUGUCGAGCAACCUUCCAGUUAGGGGAGAGUGAGGAGCAGAUUGAGCUGGUUGUGCUGAGCUUCCUGGUGCCCCUCAAGCCGUUUCUCGCCAUAAUUGCUGAAGUCAUUCUCUUGGUGGCCAUCAUUCUGCUCUGUGAAGUGUACACACAGAAGAAAAAGAAUGACCCAGAUGAUGGGAAGGAAUUUGAACAAAUUGAACAACUGAAAUCAGAUGAUAGCAACGGCAUAGAAAACAAUGUCCCCCGGUACAGGAAAACUGACUCUGCGGAUCAGUGAAUACAAAGAGAACAUUUCAUCCUGGGAAGAUGUACAGCGUCGGAGUUUGUAUUGCAGCUUCCUUUUAAGAACACCUGCAUUUUAGAUUUUUAAAAGACAAAGAUGCCUGCCCUCAAUGUGCACAGGAGUAGCUUUAUAAACAAUAUAGUCCAUCUCCUACCUAAAGAUGUAUUUUCAUUUUGUAAUUGCUUUUCAUUAAAGCAAGAUAAAUUGUUUCGGCUGUGUUCUGUGAGCUGUAACCUAGAUAAUAAACUUUACCCUCUCUGGGAGAUCAGGGGUACAGGGCAGACACAAGCAAAAUUAGUUACUAAUCCACAAAUAAAUAUUGCUAAAGUUCUGUUAUUACCAAAGAAUUUAUUAAAGAGAAAGUGUUUGCCAGUUGUCUUAAAAGUGUUUGCCUCCACCAGACAUAUUACCUAUAGAAGUAUUUGUAACAGUUUUCAGUAUAUCCCGUGUUGAGUGUGUUCUCUCUAGGAAACGGAAACUCUGCUUUCAAUAUCGGUGGCUACACUGCAGUCUUGACACUAAGAUAUACUUGUGCUCCGUAAAUAAUGGUGUAAAGUAAGGGAGUUUCAAUCAAAUGGUUGUUCCAUAGUCAGUACAUGACCAGAGCUUCUCAUCUUUAUUGCACUCAUAUUGCAUCCUACUCUUUCUAUCCCAAGCCAAAGUACUUCUCAGCCUUAAGUAGGACAUUUUCCUUGUUCUUUGCCAUGGGGUUUGGGCUUUAAUUGUCUUCAGAAUGCAGAUCCAUGUGGUAACAGUACAAUACUCCUUCCUGCAUGCCUUUGUAGCUCAUGGUUUCUGGGUACCUUUGCUUGCCAUCUCUUUUCUGGUAUCAUAGCUGGCUAAGUGUAUAAAAAUGCAUUAUUAGUGUUUUCCAAUGACCAUUCCUUUGGCUAAUAUACAGGAGUCCUAGUGUACCAUUUUUAUGUUGCUGCAAAUGCCUUAGACUUGACUUAAAAAAAAAAACAUAUCUGAGAUACUUUAUGAACCCAGUGGAACCAAAUCAGUUCAGCUUUUAAUGGACAUGGAAAAUUGUCAAUGGCUUUAAAUGAAAUAAAAUGUCGUGCCUUGGAUGGUUGGAUUAAAUGUCCCUUGUGCUGCUGGCUUUUGUGACACACUCCCUUCGGGAGAACAGGGCUACAAAGAGAGAGCAACAUGGGACGGUAGUAAAAAAGAGUCUAUGGUUCUUGGUGCUUCAGGGAUUGGAGGUUGGGUAAAAAGAGUCCGUCCACUGGUUUAAAAAUGGAAACUGUAGAAGUGUAUGCCUUUUGCAUUAGCUUUAAAAAGUAUAAGAUUCCUGGUGGGGAAAAUUACAUAGAAUCUUGCUUGACUAAUGUUUACCAAUAUUUAUUAGCAAGAAUAAUACAUAGGAAAUAGUUAUGGCAGCUGCUUACUGUUGUCUGUUGAUGAAACAAAAUUCAAUAUUUUCUGAUAAGACAUGGACUGCACAUGUGGAUUUUUAUCAAAUUAGAAUGUACCUCUUGGUGGUAGAUGUCACCAUUUUCCCCCUUAGUUUCAUUAGCUACACGUUUGUUUUGCCUUAAUUCAUGCUUAAUUUGACAAGCUCAUCUGAUGAUUACUGGGCAACCAGUGUAAGUAGCCUAAACAUUUUGAAUGCAACAGUAGUCCCUCUCAAGACAGUGUAACUGUGAUUUAGAUACAUUAAAAAAAAACAAAAAAGUAA